AUGCCGUCUCCCGCCCAUGAUGAUAUGGGUCACGAGAGCACUGCACUACCGGGAAACCGUCCUGGUGAGAACACAGCCUCGCAAGAAACAUCUCAUCAAAGUAAUGGAGACCAUAACGGAGCCGCAACAACCAAGGAAAUAACCGCGGCAAAACAAUACAAAGCAUCUGUCGUCAAGAGGAUAUCAGCCAGGUCACCCAUAUUACAGCCAUCGCCAGUCUACUCUCUUCGCAGCCAGAUCUCGAAUCUUCGCCUCGAUGGCCCCGAGGACGAGGAGGAUGUGCAGAGCAGCAACAAGUCCGAGCAAGCUUUGUUCGGCCAAGUCCUGAACUGGCUGCGACAAGAACAAACCAAGCGCAAUGGCGCUGACAGCGGUGCUGCAAGUAGUGACGGCGGUUUAGCACUCGAUGAAAAAAGGCAUUCUUUUGGUUCGGAAAAGGGGUUGGCAUUGGAUCAGUUGGAGAAGAUUUUGCAGCUCUAUGCCCCGACAAAAGAACAGCCUCCUCACCGCCAGCUGUCCAGAAAGCAUCGACAUGGCCGCUCUAAAGGGCUUAGGAGGGGUUCGGGGUCCGAGUCUGAUUAUUACGACGAGAUGAGUGUUCCAAGCGUUGAUGCUGCAUUGGACAAUACAAAGACUUUGGGAUAUACCGGUGGUACCUCGACAGAGAAUCUUGUGACUGUUUCUGACCCGCACACUCGUGGUUCAAGAGAGAAGAAUCCUUGGUUGGUAUUCAAGGCAGAAAUAUUACGCUUAGCUCAUACGCUUCGGUUGAAAGGGUGGCGAAGUGUUGAUAUGGAGAGCUGCGGAGACAUUGAAGUUACCCGUCUCAGCGGUGCUCUUACAAAUGCUGUUUAUAUGGUGAAGCCUCCAAAGUUCGUGCGUCCAAAUGCAGACAGGAGGGAGCCUUUAGUCCCGCGUCGGCCACCGCCAAAAUUGCUCCUUCGUAUCUAUGGGCCUCAGGUGGAACACUUGAUUGACCGAGAAGCAGAGCUGCAGGUUUUACGGCGCUUAGGGCGGAAGAAUAUUGGACCACGAGUCCUCGGUACAUUCAAUAAUGGUCGUUUUGAAGAGUAUUUCAACGCUCACCCGUUGACCCCCAAAGAGCUGCGAAUCCCAGCGACUUCACGACAGAUUGCAAAACGAAUGCGAGAGCUUCAUGACGGGAUUGAAUUGCUUGAAGAAGAACGACGUGCAGGCCCAUUUGUAUUUCGAAACUGGGACAAAUGGGUGGAUCGCUGCGAACAGGUGAUCUCGUGGCUGGACAAUGAAAUUCUUUCGGAUCGAAGAGACAGGACCGAGCCAUGGCGUAAACGUGGUUUUGUGUGCGGUGUGCCGUGGGCUACGUUUCGAAAGGCUGUUGAGAACUAUCGUAUCUGGCUCACGGAUCAUCUGGGCGGCGUGAAGGAGAUAAAUCGACAUCUUGUCUUUGCACAUAACGAUACUCAAUACGGCAAUCUUCUCCGCCUCGAACCAGAGGAAGAAUCGCCAUUGCUUCUCCCCGCAAAUUCACACAAACAGCUCGUUGUCAUCGACUUCGAAUACGCGUCCGCUAACACACGUGGCCUCGAGUUCGCUAACCAUUUUACCGAAUGGUGCUACAACUACCACGAUGCCGAGUAUUCAUGGGCGUGCAACACACGCGCAUAUCCAACUCCUGAAGAACAGCAUCGCUUCAUUUCUGCCUACGUCUCGCAUCACUCGCAAGUCGGCUCGACGGCAUCACCCCUCGCUACACCUGACAUUACCCCCGCAUCGAUCAGCACACCACGUCUAGCCCCAUUUUCUCUCGAUGCACCUGCUGUACCGAGCCUAACUUCCGCAUCUACUACCUCCUUGAGUCUGGAAUCAGAUCGUAUGUCCGUCGACGAGUCUCACGACUCCGAAAUUCAGCAUUUGAUGCGGCAAACGCGCGUAUGGCGGGUGGCAAAUUCCGCACAAUGGGUCGCUUGGGGCAUUGUGCAAGCCAAAGUGCCCGCCCUGGAGGAACAGUGCCAGGAAGAUCCCACGUCGUCACUAAUUAAUACCACUAAUAACAUUAAUCAUAAUGAAACCGAAGGUGACGUUGAUGACUCGGAAAGCGAGUUUGAUUACCUCGCCUACGCCCAGGACCGCGCUCUUUUCUUCUGGGCGGAUGUUUUAUCGAUGGGCCUGAUUCGUGAGGAUGAGCUUCCUGGGGGCCUUUUGGAAAUCGUCAAGUCGAAGGUUGUGAAUUAUUGA